AUGUGUUGUAAAAAAAAAUGGUCAACAUUAGUAUCUACAUAUAUUCGAACAACAAAACGAAGAUCUAUUAGGAAAAUAGAUUUUCCUAAACUUUUAUAUGAUCUUUAUACAAGUUCUUUCUCGUCGAGUGCUAUAAGUGGUGGAUUUCGACGAGCUGGUAUAUUGCCAUGGGAUGGUGAUGCAAUGAAGGACAAAGUUGUUCGCCGAGCUUCAUCAUCUAAUAUUCUUACCAUGAAUGAUUCAUUAGCAAGUAGUAUUUUAUCAAGCUUGGUAAAUGAAAUACGUACACCAAAUGUUCAUACAAAUAAUUCUAAUAAUUCAUCAAGUACAAAUCAAAUGGAUAUUGAUUUACCACCAUCUUCAUAUCGUCGUCAGGUAACUUUUGAUGACGAAAGUAGUGAUGAAAGUGAUUCGGAUAUGGGCAUGGAUGCUGAUUCAUCAACAAAACAAAAACCAAUAAACAUUCAUUAUGAUUCAGAUGAACAUUUGGAUUCUUCUUCUAAUCAAAAUAAUGGUGAUUUAGCUAGUACGUCAUCAUCAACAUCAAUUCAACUUAGUCAUACAUCAGCUAUUCGAACAAUAAUGUCCUCUUAUGUACGAAAUAAUAAUGAAUCUGUUCAACCAAAACCAGUUAAAUUGAAUCGUCGUGUACGUAUUGAACGAAAAUUUGGUGAAGAUAUAACCAAUGGAAAUCUUUUACAGGAAUUAAAAGAAAAGGCAGAGGCGAAAAAAGCAAAAAUGAAAAAAAAGAGUUUCACAAGAAUCUCAACGAUCAUCCAAAAAAACAAAUUAAUUACUAAACAUGUAAAAUGGAACAAAAAACGAACCUGUAAUGCUAAAAUACAAAACCGAUAA